GUUUCGCCUCCGUCACUCUCUGUCCCACCAGCGAAGCGUCGCUCCCUCUCGGCUGGGAAUCGAGGAUUUGUUAAUAUCGAGCGCCUAGCUAGUACCGUGCCAAAAUGGCCGACGUUUAGUCGUUCUUUAGUUCAGGUUUAGCCGAGCUUCGCGGAGUAUCGCGCCUCGCCGUAGUCCACGACUUCCGGUUUUCCUCGGGUCGAAUCGUUCGCCCACGCACCUCGCGGUCGUUCAAAAAAUGCACGCGAAGCUACCCCGCGAAAGCUCUUAAUCCAGUACUGGCCUCUUUUUCCUUACCGUUAUAGCUCUUCUCUUUCACCCCGGUUCACCCCCUGUUUCGCCCGUUUUGCCCGUUUAGUUCGCUGCCCCAACCGCAAUCGAUUCGCAGAGCGAUCCGAAAGUUCGAGCCAUUAACCGUGCACAGUCCACGGAACUGUUGUACCGCGGUAAUUAUUAUUUGUCUGCACGCAGGUCUCCCGUGUUUCUUUUUCCUUAAUCAACCCCUCUCGCAACCUCCCUCGAGAACUUCUCGAACGGGAGCGAAACACAGAUUCACUUCUCGAGAGAGGAAGUUCGCCGAGCAUCGGAAGUUGAAAGUGUUGUUCCUCCGGCGAAAGUUCACGAGCGCGAUUCAAUUUUUAUUCGAUCAAUCGAGUCGGCCGCAGCCCUGCAUCGCAGUGCAAAUGGAAUAGCGCGCGUGAAACGUCGGUAACGAUUGUUCCGAAUGAACGACGAUGUUAGGAAACGGAGGAAAUCGUCCGAGAGUGAUCGAACCUCGGCGGCCAUGGAUCCAAACCCCUGAUAGGGGGGGAUCAGAUUUGUUCUCUCCUAGAUCGCUCGAUCAUCCCCGCCGUGAACACUGUGUCUGUACAUGAAACGUGUCAGCGUCGGUAAAACAGUUUUUAAUCCCCUUGCGCUGUAAUAUCGCGUCCGACUUGUUACGAAUAUCUCGAACGGAUUGCGCUAAGUAUGAAAGCUAGUCGUCCGUUUUGAAUCGAAAUAACAUUCGAUUUCUCUGCUAUCGAUAUUUGGCUAUUACAAUUGAUCUAGACUGCACGCGGUUAAUCAUCGAUCAACCGUUGGCUGUUGGAUUAACAUAGACGGAAAGUCUGUCGGAUCUUUCUCGAUUAGUUUUAGAAGUAACCAAAAAUCACGCGGUGCUAGAUCGCGGACCGUACCGCGUAUCCGAUCGCGUUACCGAAGCCGAUGAAUGCCAUAUUUUCUCCCCGAACAGGUGUGACCAAGUUUUUGGCAGAAUUCGAUACAAAUUCGACGACUCGCCAUCGUGUAAUGCGACAUUCAUGUUCGAAUUGAAUGUUCGAGGAAUGAAUGACUGCGUGUUGCAGUCGCCUGGACAGUGAUCCCGUUGAUCGGUCGGAUACUUGUGGAACCUCGUAGACUGACAAGUUUGUCUACAGAAUUCGAAGGGGUAAGAACAAACGCAGUUCGGAAAAGUUAUCGGGAUCCAUCGAUCGCGCCGAAGCAGAAGAGUGGAAGAAGAGUUACAUUAAUUAAUGCAGCAUUAAGAGUUGGUAUCGGUGCAAUAGUGGAAAAUGUCGUCGUCCUAUGAAACAUUUGCGAAAAGGCGGGAGCGGACCCAAAAUUGGCUCCCGAAAGAGAAACAGGCCCUCUUCUUCUUGAUCAAGCAACAUGCCCCCGCGAUCCUCAACAAGAGGAUCGACGCGGCCGCCACGGCCAUAAAGAAUCAAGCUUGGUGUAUAAUCUACAACGAUUUCCUGGGAAAGUUUCCCACGGAACGGGACAUACCCAGGAUCAAGCAGCAGUGGAGAAGGAUGAAAGCUCAAGCUAGGCAGGAAGUGCGCAUUCAUAACGACGCGGUGAAGAAAUUGGGGGUCGCGCGCGCGGAGAAGUAUCUGCCAUCGAAUCUGUCGUCAGAGGUUUGGAAAUUAAUGGGCAAGAGCCGCAAACGUAACUGCUACUCGUACGAGCACAAUCUGCACACCGCGGACUCGUCGACGAACUUGCCGACGAAUUCGGUGAACUCGACGUCGUUGCCGGUGAACUCGACGUCGUUCUCGAUGAACGAAUCGGCCCUGGAGAAUCUGGCGACGUCCACGCCGAAAACGCCAGCGGACACGAUCAAAAUCGAAAUAAACAGCGACGAGUGCAACUCCGUCGACGAGAACCAGGCCGGCUUCUCCCAGAGGAAUCUGGACGAUCCGGACGUCGAGGACAUCGUGGUUUCCAAAUUAGAACCCUCCGAGGUGCAAAGUUCGAAGGACAGGAUCGAUCAGGCUGAGGACAAUGUCGAUCCAUUUGUAAACAUGAUCGAUGAACCUGAGAUCAGUGUCGAUCAACCGGAGGGCAAUGUUCAUCAACCGGCAAACAAUGUCGAUCAAUCCGAGGAUAAGAUCGAUCAACUGGAUCGUCAACGACGCACGCUGAAGAUCCAUGUGUUAAACGCCGAACUGGACCUUGUCGAGCUACGGAAGCAAGUAGCGAUGAACGAGCUGAAGACCUCGGAAAUCAAGAGACAGCUGGCCGAGAGACAGGCGGCGGACUACAAUAAUAGGUAG